UAACGAGACUGAGCCAAUUUCAAGAUGGCGGCUUUCAGGUCCGUUUUCAGACUUUGUCUGCGACCACAAUUUUGUCGUUUUCAAACUUUUCCGCGUCAGUUUUCGGCAAGUUCAAGAUGCUUUGCUGUGACGGAAAAAGUAACACAUACUGGGCAGGCCUUCGAUGAGGGAGACUACAGAAAACUGAGAUACGUUGACAGGGAAAAGGAGCUAAAUGAGAAAUUUGCCAUUGAUCUUGUUGAUGAAGAGCCACCCAAGGAGGUUGAGGCAACCAGUGUCUGGUGCGAUGGAGGCGACCCGUCAACUGGUCAUCCCAGAGUCUACAUCAACCUAGAUAUACCAGGCCCCCAUGCUUGCGGCUACUGUGGUUUGCGAUAUGUCCACAAGGCACACUGACAACCAGUAUUUGUUUUUUGUUUUUUAGCACACCUGUAUACAUAAUUCAGGACAAUUUGUCACAAUAACAUGCCAACCUUUUUUGUGAAAACAUGAUUCAUUUGUAGUGAUGAUAAUAGGAAUUAUUUAAAAGAAAUGUGGCCAUAGUUUAGUGGUAUACUUGUUUACUCUUUCUAAAGAAAACAAAAGAGGGUUUUGUUUUCAACUUUUGCACCACUGAGAAAAGUUUACCAUCCAUUUGUCGAUGCAUGCAAGAGUUUAGAGUGUGUCGGAUAUAAAAUAAAGAAGUUUGAAUGCUUUGAAGUGACAAA